ACGAAAUCCUUGCGAACGAGUAUGGUAGUUGAGAAGAUUACGUUAGAAAUAUAAAAAAAAAAAAAAAUGCUAAUUAACUUUUGUGUUUUGUCAAGGAGGGAUCCUCACACGUUUUCCAAAUCAAACCACUUUCUCUUUGAAUUUGAGAUAACACUAAUUUCAUGUAGUUCAAUCAGAUUAAUGAACUUAGAUCCAAUCGAUUAAAAUUAAAUGAACACAUUGUUCAAGAAAUUAUUCCUCUUUAGUUAAAGAUGGAAUUUAUUCAAACUGGAAAAAGUAAAGUAUGUAAUCGAAUUUUGUAGUUAGUGGAAUCCGAUCAAUCAUUCCACUUUUUUUUGCAUCAUUUUUAUCCAAAAAUUGAUCAAUCAUUCCAAAUUUAGAAUUCACGAUUAUGGCAGAUAAAUCAAAUUCGAACCUGAGCUCCAGCAACGACGACGUAGAUUGUUACCGUCGAGUAAACCGGGCAGCCGUCGACGUUGAAUUCUCCUCCGACGAUGAAGGAUGGAGCUCCGAAAGCUCCGGAUCGUCGCGGUGGAGCGUGGCGGCGAGUUUACGCGAUCUUGCUGAGAGUAUGAUGAGGCGGGAAGUGGCGGAAUUGGAGAUGAUGAAGGUAAGGGAGGCGGCGAGGAUUGAGGCGGAGAAUCGGAGAUUGGAGAGGGAAACGGAGUUGACAGAGAUGUUGUUGAAGACUCAGUUGCAGAUUACGUCGUUUUUAUGUUCACAAACAAGUGAUCGGAAAAGGAAGCGGGGUGAAGAAGACGACGGUGACUCGCCGGGCUCCGUUCAAAGGGAAGGAGCAAUGCUGCUAAGCUUACUUCAAUUCAAUUUAGGCAUGUGAAAGUGAAACCCAAGUGUUGUUGCAUCUCAUCACAUGCAUGUACAUGUAAAUGCGACAUUUUAAUUUCAUUUUAUAUUUUGUGACCCAUAAAAAAAAUAAGGCUUUAUUUCUUAAUUAAUAAACCAAACUAAAAAUUCUAACUGUAUGCCCUAAAUUCUUUUGUUUUAACAUCGUCUAUUCAUCUGCCUAAAAUCGUCCGAGGUUAACUAUAACGAGUUUUUAUGAGAAAAUUUUUCCAUUGUAACCAUUUUAAAAUCUGUUAUAGCAUGUCAAAGCAAGUCAAAGAGGUCAACGGAGAAAAAAAUCAAAUUGUUCACUUAUGAAACUAAAAUAUAAUGGUUAAACCA